AUGCCUCAUCAUAAUGUCAGAGAAAUAAAAGAACCAACUUCCACCACACGGAAAGCAGAUAUGCUGUUGUGGUUGGAAGAAAGAGACAUCGUGGUGGACAAAACAUUGACUAAACCAGAAAUUUAUGAAGUUAUCAAGGAUUUUAAAAGUGCCACCCGUAUAUAUAAACUGGAUACUCUGAUGACAGAAUUUGGUCAUGCAGUGCUAAGACUGCCGCCAUACCAUCCCGAGCUAAACCCAAUUGAAAAAAUUUGGGCAAAUGUAAAAAAUUGGGUUGCUCAACGGAACACUACCUUUAAGCUGCCUGAUGUCGAAAAGUUGGCAAGAACGCGAUUUGCCGAACUUACGGCAGAUGAUUGGGCUGCUGUUUGUCGAAACUUCGUUAAAGUGGAAGACGAAUAUAUCAUUAAAGAAAGAUUAUUAGAUGAUGCGUUGGAGGAGUUUGAGUUUAUGGUAAAUACCGGCUCCUCCGACGAAGACUUUAGUUCAGAUGACGACGCUGACGAUCAGCAGCCCAGUACGUCAGGUGGUAGACGUGGAAAUCAGUGUGAUCACGAUUAUCUUGGGGUGGCACCGUUAUUUUACAACAGUGACGAUUCAGAUUAA